AUGAACGCCUCGUGCUGCCCGCCCUCCGCUCAGCCGGGGCUGCCCGACGGCCUGGAGCGUCUGGCCGCCCCCUCCUCCUCUUCCUCCUCCUCCGCGGGCAACCAGAGCGGCCGCGGGUACUGCGAGCAGGUCUUCAUCCAGCCGGGCGUGUUCCUGGUGCUGGGCACCGUCAGCCUGCUGGAGAACAUCCUGGUCAUCCUGGCCGUGGCCAGGAACAGCAACCUGCACUCGCCCAUGUACUUCUUCCUCUGCAGCCUGGCCGCCGCUGACAUGUUGGUGAGCGUGUCCAACGCCCUGGAGACCGUCAUGAUCGCCGUGGUCGACAGCGGCGCGCUGGCCCUGGGGGACCGCUUCGUGCAGCACAUGGACAACGUCUUCGACUCGAUGAUCUGCAUCUCGCUGGUGGCCUCCAUCUGCAACCUGCUGGCCAUCGCCGUGGACCGCUAUGUCACCAUCUUCUACGCGCUGCGCUACCACAGCAUCGUGACAGCGCGCCGGGCGCGCGGCCUCAUCGCGGUCGUGUGGCUGUGCUGCGGCGUGUGCGGCGUGGUCUUCAUCAUCUACUCCGAGAGCAAGACGGUCAUCGUGUGCCUGGUCACGCUGUUCUUCGCCAUGCUGCUGCUCAUGGGCACCUUGUACGUGCACAUGUUCCUGUUCGCGCGGCUGCACCUGCGGCGCAUCGCCGCGCUGCCCGCCGCCGCAGACGGGGCGGCCCCACAGCAGCAGCAGCAGCAGCAGCAGCAGCAGCGCUCGUGCCUAAAGGGCGCCAUCACCAUCAGCAUCCUGCUGGGCGUCUUCGUGGUCUGCUGGGCGCCCUUCUUCCUGCACCUCGUGCUCAUCAUCACCUGCCCCACAAACCCCUCCUGCAUCUGCUACGCCGCACACUUCAACACCUACCUGGUGCUCAUCAUGUGCAACUCCGUCAUCGACCCACUCAUCUAUGCCUUCCGCAGCCCCGAGCUCAGGAGCACCUUCCGCGAGAUCCUGUGUGGCUGCCCCAGCGGCGGGGGCCUCGGCUAG